AUGAAUCUUACCGGUAUUUUUCUUCUACUAGUAUUUUCUGCUUGUAUUGGUACAGUUACACCUUCCAUAGUCAGUAAUAUUAUAUCAACAAUACGGGGAUGGAUAGUUCCCAGUGAUCCGCUAGCUGGAGUCAUUAAUAAAACAUGUUUAUAUUUCAGUCAACAUCCUGAUCGUGCUAAUAUUACAUUUAUCAAGAUCAACGAAAUAUUACAAAAAAACAAUGAAACAACACAAUAUUUUGCUACUACUCUGGCUUAUAUAAAUGCUCCUGAGAAUCAAUUAAAAUUAGUUAGUAAUACAACCGCCUGUCCAAUGUUUUUUGAUGAACUUAAAAAUGCACUUGUGACUGAUUAUCAAAAUGGGCGACUCAGUUUGAAAAAUGCUAAACUAGCAGCAGUAAAUAAAAUAAUAGAACUUUAUAAUACUUUUAAAGUUUGGUGA